CUGUUCUUGUUACAGAAAACAACACGCAGUUGGAUAGAGAGCACGUUUCAGAAGCGGGAAUGCAAAUACUUCGUGCCAAGUGCCAAGGACGAGCAUGUAUGCUGGUGCGGCUUGAGCAAGACAGCUCAUGGUUCCAACAUUACCACGGCGGCGUCGGGAGAAGCAUGGGUGCCUGCGAGGCACACUCAGCCAGCACCUACCGACGCGUACGGCACCAUCGAGUUCCAAGGUGGUCCUCAUCCCACGAAAGCUCAGUACGUUCGCUUAUCCCACGACACUCGGCCAGAACUGAUCGUCCAACUGCUGACAAGAGAGUGGGCGUUGGACAGACCGAAGCUCCUCAUCACGAUCCAAGGUGGCAAAGCCAAUUUCGAUCUGCAACCGAAACUGAAGAAAGUACUAAGGAAGGGCUUGCUGAAGGCCGCGAAGACAACCGGUGCUUGGAUAUUUACCGGAGGAACUAAUACAGGUGUAACUCGUCAAGUUGGCGAUGCAUUGCAACUGGAGCGGUCUCAGCGCGCAGGCAGAGUUGUCAGCAUCGGUAUAGCGCCAUGGGGUAUUGUGGAAGGCGCUAACGAGCUGAUCGGAAAGGGGCGUGAUGUGCCUUACCACGCGAUUGCAUCACCCAGAUCGAAGUUGGCCGUCCUGAACAACCGGCAUGCGUACUUCCUGCUUGUAGACAACGGCUCGGUGGGUCGCUACGGUGCCGAGAUCGUGCUGCGAAGAAAGUUGGAGAAAUACAUUGCCGCACAGAAAUUACAUCCUUACACACAUUCGUCGACACCGGUCGUGUGCCUGGUUAUCGAAGGCGGCACGAACACAGUGCGUGCGGUAUUGGAAUACGUCACCGACACGCCGCCGGUGCCGGUGGUGGUGUGUGAUGGCAGCGGCAGGGCGGCAGAUCUCAUUGCCUUCGUCCACAAGUACGCUUCAGAGACCGGGGAGCAAACAGUUUUGGAGUCAAUGCGAGAUUACCUGAUCGGCACCAUACAGAAGACGUUUGAAGUAGGAUUGCAACAAGCGGAAUGCCUAUACAGCGAACUGCUGCAGUGUACAAGAAAGAAGAACUUGAUCACCGUAUUUAGGAUACAAGAGCGUGCUGAAGGUGGCGAGGUGCAAGAGUUGGAUCAGGUUAUAUUAACAGCGCUGUUCCGAGCUCAGCACCUCUCACCUAGUGAACAGCUGUCUUUAGCCUUGACCUGGAACCGAGUAGACAUCGCUAGGUCAGAGAUAUUUGUUUAUGGUCAAGAAUGGCCACCUGGAGCACUCGAUGAAGCCAUGAUGCAAGCGUUGGAGCACGAUCGGAUAGACUUCGUGAAAUUACUCCUGGAAAACGGAGUCUCUAUGAGGAAGUUCUUGACGAUCCCGCGUCUGGAGGAGCUCUACAAUACAAAAAGCGGGCCAAGCAAUACACUGAGAUAUAUUCUGAGAGACGUCCGACCGCAUCUACCCAGGGGAUAUGUCUACACGCUGCAUGAUAUUGGGCUUGUUAUAAACAAGCUUAUGGGCGGCGCGUACAGGUGUUACUACACGCGUCGCAAGUUCCGUCCAAUCUACGCUAAGGUGAUGAACAAGAGUGUGAACGUGCACCGCAACAGCGCUUCCUUCACCCGACACAAUGCGGGCGGCCUCUCGCUCAUCACCGGCUUCAUGCCCGUCACCUCUGAAAUGGCGCUCUUUGAUUAUCCCUUCAAUGAGCUACUGAUGUGGGCAGUGUUGACUAAGCGUCACCAGAUGGCGCUGCUCAUGUGGACGCACGGUGAAGAGGCUUUGGCUAAGUCAUUGGUUGCCUGCAAACUUUAUAAGGCAAUGGCUCAUGAAGCGGCAGAGGAUGAUAUGGAGACCGAAGUUUAUGAGGAGCUACGACACUACGGAAAGGAGUUUGAAACGAAAGCACUGGAACUGCUUGAUUAUUGUUACCGACAAGAUGACGACCAAGCGCAACAACUGUUGACUUGUGAACUUCAAAAUUGGUCCGGUCAAACUUGUUUGAGCCUCGCAGUCGCCGCCAAUCAUCGUGCGCUGCUCGCACACCCUUGCUCCCAGAUCAUCUUAGCCGACCUAUGGAUGGGAGGUUUAAGGACUAGGAAAAAUACGAACCUUAAGGUAAUUCUGAGCCUGCUGUGUCCGCUGUACAUUCUUCAACUGGAGUUCAAGUCGAAGGAGGAACUACAACUGAUGCCGCAAACGGAAGAGGAGCACAUGGAGAACGAGAGUAUGGAAGACGAUAGAAGCACAAAGGACCCGAACGACGCCGAGGCGUUGAUUGGCUCAGGGGCCGAAUGCGAAACUCGUGUCGAUCAAAAUGGGAAAGUUGGUAAAAUAGGAUGGGAGCCAUCGUAUAGGGAGUUGCCAGAGUAUUACGUGCCCGAAGAUAAGAGAAUGAGGCCUCUACGCCUGAGGAAAAAAAUAUACGAAUUCUUUACGGCGCCGAUUACUAAGUUUUGGGCUGAUUCUAUCGCCUAUAUUUUGUUCCUUCUAAUGUUUACGUAUACAGUAUUAGUAAAGAUGGAUUUGACACCAUCUUGGCCGGAGAUUUACUCCAUAUGUUAUAUAUUAACGUUCUUAUGUGAGAAGAUAAGGGAAAUUAUCACGUCCGAACCAGUUGCCGUUAGACAUAAGUUCAGUGUGUGGGCGUGGAACAUGUGGAACAUUUACGACGCGGGUUUUAUUAUAUUUUUCCUCGUCGGCUUGACUCUACGACUUAGAGCCAGUUCUAUGGACGUCGGUAGAGUUAUAUAUUGCGUCGAUAUUAUUUACUGGUAUUUAAGGAUCCUCAAUAUUUUGGGUGUUAAUAAAUAUUUAGGUCCAUUGGUAACAAUGAUGGGUAAAAUGGUUAAGAAUAUGAUAUACUUCGUGGUGCUAUUGUUAGUGGUACUUAUGUCGUUUGGUGUAGCGCGUCAGGCGAUACUCUACCCGGACAAGGAAGCCAGUUUGUAUUUAAUAAGAGAAAUUUUCUUCCAACCAUACUUCAUGUUGUAUGGCGAAGUUUUCGCUUCGGACAUCGACCCAGAAUGCGGUUUGGAUAUUUCGGAUCGCAAAUGUGUCACUGGACGCUGGAUCACGCCGAUUGCGAUGACUAUAUACCUGCUUGUGGCCAACAUUUUGCUUAUAAAUCUACUCAUUGCAGUCUUUAACAAUAUUUUUAACGAAGUCAAUGAAGUCUCGCAUCAGGUGUGGAUGUUCCAAAGAUUUACUGUAGUGAUGGAAUAUGAACAGAAACCUGUGUUGCCACCCCCACUCAUUAUAUUCUGUCACAUUUAUGCGACGUGCAAAUGGGUAACAAGAAAUGUUUCACACAAACGGUUCCAAUAUGAUAACGGUCUCAAGUUAUUCUUAGAGAAAGAGGACAUGGAGAGACUGUAUGAUUUUGAGGAGGAAUGCAUAGAAGGGUAUUUCAGGGAACAAGAAGUUAAAUUAUCAAAUUCAAUAGAAGAACGAGUGAGGAAUACAACUGAUAGGGUAGAACAUAUCACAACGAAAAUGGAAGACUUGAACCAAAAAGCUAAUUGCCAAAUACAAUCUAUGCAAAGCGUAGAAUUUAGGUUAAGAAAACUUGAGGACGUUGCUGAACAAACAAUGAAUCAUCUGGCGGUUAUACAUCGGUUUAUGGCGACCCACCCAUCCUUAGUGAAUCGAGGUUCGACUGAUACGUUAGGUCCACCACCGCCCAGUUUCCAAAUCGGUGCUGCUAGGCUGAGGACAGCUAGCGAAAGAUCAGAGGUGCUGUCAGACAGCGACACGGGCGUUGCUCGUUUCAUCGUCCGUCCCGUGCAGGAGGAGGACGAACAAGCCUCACAGCCCACAGAUGAUGAGCUUCCUCAAUCUGGACCCGAAGCAGCGGCUGAAAAAGAACCAGAGGCAGAUUCUAUAUCAACAUCCUCAGCUGGCAGCGCUGCAGGUCCAGACGUAACAGUGAUUAGGCCGACAGUACCAAUCACACCUGCUCGUCAGAGAUCUUCCGACAGCAAUAGAACUGAACCUAGUGAAGAUAAGAAAGCCCUAUCAACCACCGAUGACGCCUUCUUACCAGAAGUGCGGGAAAUUCAUCCCGACACUCACAGCCUUCGUCCACGAACAAUCUCAGCUGGGACUCGACGCACAGCGAACAACACUAGACGACGGUCAGAGGGUGGAAAUGACUGCGGAAUGGGCGGACACUAUUCUGCUCAACACUUGGCUCCUCGAAGGCAGCACAGUCAGACGCACUCUGAGCCUGAUAACUCUGGUGUGGAUGCCGGCUCUAUUCAUAACUCUGUAACAGGACGUCAGUGUGGCUGGGAAGCUACUGGUGGCGCUGCAGGCGUCCCCUCCGGUCGCACCAGAGUGGGGGGAGCCCCGCGCUCCUUACUGCUGGCUAUGCACGAGUACACCAGCAUCACCGAUGAGCUGGAGACCGUAUAUGGUUUGUUCUCGCCACCGCACACGCCAAGAGCCGCGUCCCCGUCGGUACGGAGGCGUCACGCCAGCGAGAUGUCCAACCCUGAGUUUGCACUGUUCAUGGAGAAGGAGCAUUUAAGAGGGGCUGAGGAAGAUGACUAUAUUAUCAUGGAGAACCUUAUACAGCGCCGCAUAGCAAUGGAGUCUGUCCUGGGCAGAUUCGAGGAGGAGGAGGGUGGCGAGGGGUCGGCGUCGGGCGCGGGGUGUGCUGGGGGUGCGGGGGGUGAGGCGGGCGCGGUCAGCAUCAGCGUGUGCGUGAACGCGAGCGACGAGCCCGCGCCGCGCGCCGCGCAGCUUCUGACCGUGGCCGACCGCCGCUUGUCGCAUCAGAGACAUUCCCUACGACGUUCAUCCGCAAUCGACAGUCGUGAGCUGCCAUCGCCGCUACAACCUUUGUUGGAUGAUGACACCUGCGGAGAAGUACUUCUACCAGUACCAAGGCAACCUUCAGGCGAGACGAACGCGUCGAGCGAGCUGUCUCUGUCGCACAUGCAGAGCGAGAACCCGCGGCCGCGGCCGUCCAUCGUGCUGGACUCGUCGCAGCUGCCGCGCCAGCGCUCCGCCGACCCCCCGCAGCCACCCCCCGCACCACCCGCACCUCCAGAGACCAUGUGCUAG